AUGGAUAAAUUACUUGCUUGUACAAUCGUUUUGUUACUUUUCAUCAAUACAAUCAAAACUGAUGGUUGCCACAAAAGAAAAUUCAAAGAAGAUUCUUUCGUUUGUGUUUGCAAUGAACUUGAAUGUGAUUCAUUUGAACCAGUGACUAAUCCACCAAAAGGGUUGAUUUACUCUUAUGUAUCUGAUAAAGAUGAGCAUCGAUUCCAUAAAGAUACAUUAGAUCCUAAGACUCUUAAUACAGUUACAGCUGAUUCCAUCAAACUUUCAAUAAAUGUUAACGAAACGUAUCAACAAAUUAUUGGUUUUGGUGGUGCUUUUACCGAUGCUGCUGGAAUUAACAUUAAAUCACUUCCAGAUUAA